GACUUUUGCAACAUGGGGCAAGCUAACCAGUUACUUCUCUUUGGAAUUUUUCUUUUUCAUAAAAUUGUUUGUCUUGAAGCUGGCGCCCAGUAUUGUGGGAUAGUCCCAUCGUCUUGUCCGCCAAUCACUAAGGUUUACAGGACUGUUACAGGAGAAUGCAAUAACCAAAUAAAGCCAUGGUAUGGCACUAUUUUGUCGGAGUAUGACCGUUUAUUGCCUCCAAACUAUGCAGAUGGUAAUAGCAGCAUGCCAAAAGCCAAAAGUGGAAAGGCCCUUCCAAAUGCAAGAGCAGUACGUGUAAAAUGUCUUCCCGACGAUACUCUGUUCCAGAUUGAACAGUACACAACUCGUUUAAUUACUCCACUUUCACAGUUUGUUGCCCAUGAUUUGAGCGGUCUUCUCUUAACAAUUGCCAAUUUUUUUGUCUGUUGCACAGAAGAUAUGCAAAUAUUGCCGAACACGCCAGCCUAUUGUAUAAAUAUCCUUCUACCUUCAAACGAUAUACAGACUUUGGAAUGUAAUAUGACUUGCAUGCCUAUGGCAAGGACAAAGACAAAUUAUGACCAAAACUGCGACCUAGCUUCUCCAUACGCUCAACAGAUAACGACAACCACCGCUUUCUUAGAUCUAGACAUUGUAUAUGGAAACACCUUAGCAGUAAGUGCUUCUUUAAGAGUACCCAACCAUUAUUUGUUAGCAACUGAAGUAUUUAAUGGAAAAGAUUAUCCGCCCAAUGAUCCGACCAAAAGUACUUGUCCUUUAAUCCCUAGCAACGUCCAGGAAGUAUGCUUUAGAGGAGGUGAUAAAAGAAUGAAUCAAAACCCCGAUAUAACCAUUCAACAUAUUCUCUGGGUGAGGGCUCAUAACAAUAUAGCUACAAAACUAAAAAAAUUGAACCCGUGUUGGGAUAAUGAAAAAGUUUUCCAAGAGGCCAGAAAAAUUGUUAUCGCCCUGCACCAGUGGUUCACAUUUAACGAAAUGUUGCCAGAAAUUUUGGGCAAAUCGAACAUGUAUCAAUCUGGGUUGACAUUUGAAAGCUAUUAUUAUUUGUAUAUUAACGAUUACGAUCCAUAUUGUAGUCCGAAUGUUCUUAAUGAGUUUGCAACAGCUGCGUUUAGAGUAUUACACCCAUUUAUCACUGGAACACUUGGCCUUUUUAACGAAUGCCGUCAACCAUUUUUUGGCGUAGCACUUAGAGACUCCUUGGCUAGACCUCAAUUUACUAGGAACCAAUUUCAACCUUUGCUCACAGGAUCACUUACACAAAAAGCACACAAGCUUGGUCCGGAUUAUGACCCCGAGGUUACCAAUAGGCUUUUCCUAUUGAGAAAAAAAUAUGGCCUAGAUUUGAUUGCAAUUGAUAUUCAGAGAAGCAGAGAUCAUGGUGUACCGUUUUACAAUGAUUUAAGAGUUUACUGCGGUUUACCUAGGCCUAAGAAUUUUAGCGACCUUUCAGACUGUAUGAGUGCAGAGAAUAUUGCAAGAUUGCAAUCAACGUACGAAUCGGUGGCCGAUAUAGAUGGAAUAGUGGGAGGUAGUCUUGAAACACCUAAGUCUGGUGCAAAAGUGGGUCCAACAUUCCAUUGUAUCAUAACAAAACAGUUCCUGAGAGUCCGCAGAUGCGACAGAUUUUGGUUCGAGCACAAGGAGGCAGGAUUCUCCAAUGUUCAGCUAGCGGAAAUUAGAAAAACUAGUCUUGCUGGAUUUAUCUGUGAAAAUGGUAAUGAUGUUGAUAAGAUGCAACUAUAUGCUUUGAAGCCACCAGUGGAUCUAAAUUCUCCAAUCCCAUGCAACCUUAUCUACAAAUUGGACCUCAGCUACUGGAAAGACUAUACUUGCCCGGUAUAUUAAUGAAAUAUUUUAUAUAUUUUAAAACCUGGAAUUAACUUAAUAUAUGUAAACAGAAAAUUUAUAAUCUUGCACAAUAAAUUACUUUUUACC